AUGGCGACAAACUCCGGCACCGCCCCGCCACGUCAACUCUCCCAGAAAGAAUCCGACAUCCAGUUGAUGCUGGCAGCGGACGUCCAUCUCGGCACCAAAAACUGCGAUUUUCAAAUGGAGCGCUACAUCUUCAAGCGCCGCAACGAUGGUAUUUAUAUUAUAAACCUUGGAAAGACAUGGGAGAAGCUUCAACUUGCUGCGAGGGUUAUUGUUGCAAUUGAGAACCCUCAAGACAUUAUUGUUCAAUCUGCUAGACCGUAUGGACAGAGAGCUGUUCUCAAAUUUGCUCAGUAUACUGGUGCUCAUGCUAUAGCUGGAAGACACACUCCUGGAACUUUCACCAAUCAGCUUCAAACUUCAUUCAGUGAGCCUCGUCUUCUCAUCCUCACUGAUCCAAGAACUGAUCAUCAGCCAAUUAAAGAAGCAGCUCUUGGGAAUAUUCCCACAAUUGCUUUCUGUGACACUGAUUCUCCUAUGCGAUAUGUUGACAUUGGAAUUCCUGCCAACAACAAAGGGAAGCAUAGCAUAGGUUGUCUCUUUUGGCUUUUGGCUAGGAUGGUGUUGCAGAUGCGUGGUACAAUUCGCCCCGGUCUUAAAUGGGAUGUCAUGGUUGAUCUAUUCUUCUAUAGAGAACCAGAGGAGGCUAAGCAGGAAGAGGAGGAUGAAGUUCCUGCUCCAGAGUAUGCCAUUGCUGACUUCAAUGCAGCUGCUAACCCCAUUGAUGGUCAGUGGCCUGCUGCAAUCGAUCAGUCAUGGUCUGAUGCUACUCCACAACCUAUUCCAGCAGUUCCUGCUGUCAACUGGGCAGCCCCAGAAGCUGUUGCAGGGGACUGGGUUGAAGCUGUUCCACCACCACAACAAACAUCCGUUCCCGGAGUUGAAGCUAUCCAAGCAACUGGCUGGGAAUGA